AUGGUUUUUGUCAAAGGUGUGCUGACGAGUAUAUCGUUAGCCAUAGCAGCAGUAGCAUCAGUAGCAGCACGUCCUGCACAAUUAAAGUUUGAAAAACGGCAAGAAGAUCAACAAGGUAUCGACGAUACCUCAGAUAAUGGCUUAACGGAAAGGGUCACUUGGGACAGCUAUACAUUGAAACUUGAUGGCGAAAGGGUGUUUCUUUUCAGUGGCGAAUUCCAUUACUUUCGGCUCCCUUCUCCUGACCUCUGGACCGAUAUUUUACAGAAGUUCAGGGCCCUUGAUUACAACGGCGUGUCUUUUUAUUUCAAUUGGGGCUACCAUUCUCCAAAGAAAGGAGUAUACAACUUUGAUGGUGUACGCGAUGUACAAAAGGCUUUUGAUGCUGCAGAGGAAGCGGAUCUUUACGUGAUCUCUCGGGCUGGCCCGUAUAUAAAUGCCGAAACUGACUGUGGCGGGUUUCCGAGCUGGCUUAUGGACAUGAGAAGCCCUGCACGAUACAGCAAUGAAGAAUACAAUGCAAAUCGGAAAGAAUGGCUUACGGAAAUCAAUAAAUUCCUCGUGCCAAAUCAAAUCACCAACAAGAAAGGUGGCCCAAUAAUCUUAAAUCAGUUAGAAAACGAGUAUACUGGACAUGAUGCCGAAUACAUGGAAGCGAUCAAACAAAAGUUCUUGGCAGAUGGUAUUGAAGUGCCUUCAAUCUUCAACGACAAAGGUAUGAAUAACUAUUUUGUCAAUGGAACCGGCGCACCCGACAUAUACGGCUUCGACAAAUACCCGGCUGGCUUCGAUUGCAGCAAUCCUAAAAAAUGGGCGACGAAUGCAAGUACCGAGUAUAUGGAUUACUACGCCAUUACAAAUCCAGAACAGCCAUCAGCUCUCUGGGAAUUUCAGGGCGGCGCAUUUGAUCCAUGGAACGGCCCAGGUUAUUCAGCGUGUCGCCAAAUGGUGAACGAACAGUAUGCCAAGAUUUAUUACAAGAGCAAUUAUGGACAAGGUGUGCGAAUCCAGAACCAUUAUAUGACAUAUGGAGGCAUUUCUUGGGGAGGCUUGGCAACACCUUCUGUCUAUACGUCUUACGAUUAUGGAGCUCCUAUUAGCGAGCCUGGUCUAAUGACAACUAAGGCGUAUGAGGUCAAACUACAAGCCACUUUUCUGCAUACGGUGAAACCGUUCUUAGCGACAGAGUACUUUGAACCAAAAAUUGACAAUAGCGAUAACAUUCUCGUACUGGGUCGUGCUUCUAUCGAAGCACCUACCAAAUUCUACGUUGCACAUCAUUUGAAUACGCCAUCCGAUAACUUAGAUGAGUUCCAUGUCACUGUGAAUACAACCGAUGGUUUUUUCAACAUACCUAAGAGCAGCAAACUAGUUCUCAAUGGCCGUGACGCUAAAGUCCUCGUUGCCGACUAUGACUUUGAGUCGCAACAUUUGGUUUAUUCAACCAGCGAAAUCUUUACUCAUCAAGAUGUGGGCUCGUACGAUGUCAUUGUUGUCUACGCCUAUGAAAAAGAAGAAGGCGAAUUUGUCAUUAAGACGGGCGGCAAGAGGAAUGUCAAGGUCGAGACCAAUGACUCAGUGACAUCCGAAUUUUCCGAUGGCGUUUUGCAGCUUACUUACACCCAUCCCAAUGGUACUACUCCUGUAUACAUUUCAGGUGCAGGAAAGAAGAACAAGGACUUGCUUGUCCUCAUCUCUGGAUACGAAACUGCAUUGCUAUGGUGGGCACCUGUCAUUGACAAGAAGAAGGACACGCGCGUUUUGAUCAAUGGCCCGUAUCUCGUUCGCAGUGCCUAUGUCUCUCGCUCAUCAGUGGCAUUCACCGGUGAUAUUGACCAGACAACUGAUAUCCAAGUGAUUCUUCCGCGUGCUAUCACAUCAAUUACUUGGAAUGGCAAAAAGGUCAAGCUUCAUAAAGGGGACCAUAGUAUCUGGACUGGCACCUUGAAAUUUACAGAGCCCGAAGUGAAGUAUACGGAUUUGACCAAGGCCAAGUGGAAGUACAGCCCUGGUUCCCCUGAGACCGACUCUGAUUUCGAUGAUUCAGAGUGGACUACUGCGGAUCGACUCACUACAAACUCUGUCACAACUUCUGACACACUGCCAAUCUUAUAUGCAGAUGAUUAUGGCUACCAUACGGGAAGCAUUUGGUUCCGUGGAACCUUCAACGGAUCUUCAGAAAUUACAGGAUUUAACCUUACUUGCAUAUCUGGCGCAGCCUCUGCUUGGAUGGUGUGGUUAAACGGCGAGUACCUGGGAGGAUUUGAUGUUGGUAGUCAAGAAUUUAGGAACUUGGACAUCAAUAUCAAGGGCAAGAAUGUCAUCUCGGCUCUCCUGUGGACUACGGGACACGAGGAAGAUGGCGGUUCAAACGAUGCUUACAAAACGGCUCGUGGUUUUACAUCUGCUAAGCUUCUGGGUCUCAAUGAUGACCAGAACCAGACAGCUUCCAUUGACUGGAAAAUACAAGGUAACCUUGGAGGGGAGGAUCUAGCGGACCCAGUGCGUGGUGCGUACAACGAAGGCGGAUUAUACGGGGAACGUUAUGGCUGGCAUCUACCGGGCUUUCCCGACAGCAAGUGGGAAGAUGCGUCUAUUCCAGAAGAGAAGAGUCGGACUGGUGUCUCUUGGUACCGCACAACAUUUGAUGUGGAUAUUCCUGAAGGUUAUGAUGUCCCUAUGAGCCUCCGCUAUGUUGACGAAACCAAGACACGCUAUCGUUCAUUGCUUUUCUUGAACGGCUGGCAACUUGGACGCUAUGCUAAUGAUCUCGGUCCACAGACUCAAUUCUACCUUCCCCGCGGCAUCCUGAAUACUAGUGGCUUGAAUACGCUUGCAGUGGCAGUGAUUCCAAUAGAUGAGGCUGCACAGAUAGGAAAGCUUAUUCUGGAGCCUUAUAAAGUCCUCCAGUCAGCAAUUCCAUCGGUCGAUUCAGUCGAGUCUCCAUCGUACCAAGAUCGCCAGUAG